AGAAAAUAUCGACCUCGAUAAGCUUAGCAACCAACUUGGACGUUCUCAUUGAAAUACCCACACUCCUACAACAGCUUCACAUCAGUGAAUAGGUAUACAUACAUGUAUUAUCCACACAGGUGACUGACUGCUAGUUAUAAACGGUCGCCGUAGCAUAAUUGCACCUGCAGAUUUGGUCCGUGAUAUGAUUCGAACUCAAAAUGUUCGACGAGGAAGAAGCGGAGUGUCCACUUUGUAUGGAACCUUUGGAUGAAACCGACAAAGGGUUCUUCCCAUGUGCAUGUGGUUAUCAAAUAUGCGGCUUCUGCUGGCAUAAACUACGGAAUGAAGGCAAUGGGCUUUGUCCCGCUUGUCGCACACCGUUUGAAGAUCGGCCGGCCGAGUUUGCACACGUGGAUGCUGACAGUGCACGCGCGAAAGAGAAGCAAAGGAAGGCACACGAGCGGAAGCCCCGGGACAAUGACCACCGUAAAAACUUAGCCAAUGUGCGCGUGGUCCAACCUAAUCUGGUCUACGUCAUAGGGCUGUCACCCCGCCUAGCAGACGAGUCUGUGAUACGCAAGAAUGAUUAUUUCGGUCAAUAUGGAAAAAUUAUGAAGGUCGUUGUGAAUAAAGGAUCCUUAUACAAUGGCUCGCAUGGGCCCAGUGCAAGUGCGUACAUCACCUAUCAGCGAAAAGAGGAUGCCCAAGACGUGAUUCGGGCUGUGGAUGGUUUGAUGGUUGACAACAGAGUCGUACGGGCAUCAUUCGGAACUACGAAAUACUGCUCGUAUUUCUUGAAGCAUGUUGCGUGUCCAAAUCCCGAUUGCAUGUAUCUACACGAAGUGGGAGAGACGGUGGACAGUUUUACCAAAGAAGAAAUGAAGGGAUUUCCGCAGCGAUCAGAUUAUGAUCACAGCCGAUCUCCCAGUCCUACUCGUGUUGCUACUCCGGUGCAGAACGGUGCUGUAAUGAAGAAAGUUGUCUCUACGAAGCCAAGGAAUCCCAAUGCGUCUGCGUUACCCGCUAAUGCAUCCUGGGCCAAGAAACCAGCGGCUGGUGCUCACAUAAGUCUUAUGCCUGCGCCCGCGCUGAGCUUGAUGAAAGAAAUUGCUCAUCCGAGUGAUGAUUACGUCACACCUCCCCAUGGUAACAGUGUUCGGAAGGCAACUACACAAUGGCCGGGGGCGAGUAAAGACGCCACAUGGAACCAGGGCGAUACGGGAAGUGCUGCGAGUACACCCGUCACUACCCAACAGCCCACCCCAGUGCACAUGAACAAGAAGUCGCCUAGGAUAUCCAAGAACGCAAAGCAGGUUUCUGCAAUUAGUCCGCCCGCUAGCGGAGCGCAGGCACCAAGUACACCCCCACAAUCAGUCGAGGAUCCUAUACCCGACAACUGGGAUGAGAGAGAUGGCGACAAUCCCCACAGUACCAACGGACCCGCCACUGUCAGCACUGAUGCGAACGCGAGUGGCCCAGGGACUAAAGCGACUGAAGUCAAGGCAACCAACAAGACAACCAGCAGUACAGGCCGCAAAGCUGCCGCCACGUCCAAGGCUCGCCCAGCUUCGCCAGUGUCUGUACCAACGUCACCCGCGGUGGCUCUGGCUGAGGUUCCCAGUGUAUCGAAUACCACCUCGGUAUCAACAACACAAUCGAUAGAUACGCGCACGGCGACAAAGCCCGAUAGGGACGAACCAGCGACAUCGGAGAAACUAAAAUCAUCUGCAGCCGGAAAGAAUAAAGCUGAAACCACGACCACUCCUGUGAAGACUGAGAAAAAUACGAAUGUCAGCAACAGCCAACCCGCUUCUGCGGUGGAAACUGGGGAAAGUGACGUUCAAAGGAAAGCACCGUUGGUUGGAUCUGCCAGUGAGACGGCACCUCCUGGACUGUUCACGGCUGAACAUGCUGAGCUCAAGCACACAUACUCUGCACUGCCCGGUAUCUCAAAUAAUAACUCGUCCAUGUUUUCGCACUCGGGCGUCGGUCCUAUUAUCGGACGCGGGCCACCUGGUUUAGUGCGGAUGCCUGGGGCACCCGAUGCAGAUAGCGAAGCGAGUGAUGCUGGCACUACAAGCCAUCGCCCAGGAGAUAUUGGUAGCGCCCCAGGCAGUUUGAGUUCGACAUCGAUAGGCGGAGGCGGAUCGAGGUUUGCAUUCGGUAAUCGCGACGAAGACGAAGGGGGCGAAUUUGCGUCGUCGUUCUUCAGUUCGAUGUCCUUGAGUGAUCCUAAGAAAGGCACUUCGGCGUUUGGAUUGCCUCCGCGUGGCCUUGGUGCUCCCCCGGGAUUGGGUGAUAUGCGAGACGAGACCGCCACAAGCUUUGGCAGUUUGACGGAAUUCGGUCUAGAUCACGAGGCUUCUCGUCCAAAGAACCAAAGUAGCUUAACGGGCCCUGUAGCCAGUGCUAGUGAUCUCGCUGAAAGCAAAUUCGCCGGUGCAAACUGGGAUGACGAUAAGCGAAUGACACCCUCGGGAUUAGGAGCGGAUGCGUUGCGCUUUCCCUCGGGUCUUGGUGAGAGAAGCAGUGGUGGCAGUGGGGUUUCGGCGCCACCUGGAUUAGCUUUGGGUGGUGAGUCGGAAAUGAGUGCUCUUGGGGCAACUACGCCUGAAAAUGGAAGUCAGGCACACGGCACGGGUAAUGCCCGGCAAUGGCAGGAUAACCUGCGUUCACUGUUCCCGGGGGUCAACAUCUCGUUCUCCGUCGGCAAUCCGGAACAAAGCGCACAACAAACACAGAGAGGAGGCUUAUCCAGCGAUCCGAUUGACCAACCACAACCGCUGGAAAUAGGAACACCGCAUCUGCGAGGCCAGUCCAUGUGGGACAACGGAUUCGAUGGUCCUGGCCAGAGCUCGUUACCCAACACGCAGCAUAGCUUAAACAGUUCUACAUGGGGCAUGAGCGAUUCGCCUUAUUCCUCCCUCCUACACAAUAACCGAGGCGAGCUGCACCAAUCCUUCCUGUCCACACAGGACUCCCACUUUGACAUACGAGGAAGUUCCGGUACGACGUCGAGUCUGCCACCACCACCGCCGAGCUCGAGCCGAGGAUUUGACCAGCCGCCCACUUCCGGUUUGCCGCGCCAAGGGCACGCACAGCAUAUACAACAACGCCAACCUCAAACAAGUUACGGAAACAGGCCAACACAGCCUGGUAGUAUUAGUCAGCACUCACAGUCACAACAACAGGCGCCCCCGCCCCCACCCCCACCCCCACCCCCGCCGCCCGGGCUUCAGCACGCUAUCCCAUCCAGGCAAAUACAGAACAACGACGAGCAGAUAAGCCGCAUGUACGAUCACAACUACUCUCCCGGUGGUAUAAACUCCAAUACGCAUAGAAGCAAUAAUAACAUUGGAUUCAAUAACUCCGGAAGUUUCCAUCCGCCUCCUCCCGGUGUGUCAAUGAUGCAAGAUAGCCAGGGGCUCAAUAUGCAUCCAUCGUUUGGUCGCCAGGAGAAUCGUGAGAUGUUCCAUAGGCCAGGUGCUGGUCUGCACCUGCAGCAGCAGCAACAAUCACAACAGCAACAUCACCAACAGCAACAACAACAACUUAGCAGCAAGAUUGGAGACUAUGGUAUCAACGGUGCAAAGUCUGGCGACGGGUGGCCCAGCGACAACAUUAGUAACAGCGGUGGGAUAUGGAACGAGAGCAACGAACCGCCUCAUCACCACAACAGACGGCAGCAGCCCCAACACAGGCCGCCGCCCGGGUUCGGCCAACCUCCACCACCUCCACAAUUAUCUGGACGGCAACAGAGAGGCAAUCUCUUCGAUAAUCCUGGGAACGGUCCCUUGGGACUGAAUAUGCCACCUGGGCUACACCCACAACAUCACCCACAGCAACAUCAACACCCACAGCAACAGCUGUACGACUCUCGGGCCAAGCCCAUGGGAGGUGUGUGGGGUGCGGAUCCGUCUGGUAUGAAUCAGCAGUACGGCGGCGAUGUGAACGACUCACGUUUUGUCCCCCAACGCCAAUCGCAGCAAGCAUUUGGUAUGCCAUGGGGAGGGUCGUACUUUCCGUCAGACCAGUCGAAUAAGCAGACGGGAAUUGGUGGCAAUGGCGGCUGGCCAGCGUCAGAAGAUCGUCGGAGCGACUUCGAUAUACGAGGUGCCGUGAGAGACGGUUCCUCCCCGGUUCUGCCACCUCCUGGGUUUGAUAAUGUUUCUCCAGGAUACAUGUCGGGUAUAGACAAGUUAAUCGACGAAUAACAGAAGCACUUUGUGCCGAAUAAAAGAAUGAAAAAAAGCUCGA